AUGUGGUGUCGUUGUCCAUGGGCCUUUGUGCUGUUGUCCAUGGGUGUUCUGUUGUCGUGGCAUGCAGGCAUUCAUGUUACUGGGCUGUGGUUUGUCGGUGCCACGUUGACUCCAUGGGCGGUGGGCAUCGUUAACAUUGGAGGCCCCAUUGCUCCCAAUAUCUGUACUUCGAGUCUAAAACAACCCCUGUUAAGGGGUGCUGUUGCUCCUGCCAAGCUCAACUUGGAAAAUGAGCCCAAUUCCAGAGCUGAGGAUUUGACUGUCAUUGCUGAACCAACUAUGCCAACCUCUGAUUCUGCAACUGGGCCAGAUUCUGGUGCCGAGGACCUUGUCCCCAUUAUCAAGAAGCCUGAUCUUCAUUUGAGCUCGGUCCUUCCACAUCUUCCUCUUCCCCAUCCUCAUCUGGUAAAUUCACUAUUAUACUCCUUACAUAGUUGGCAGUCGGAGGUCAUUAGAAAUGGUAUCCUGAAAGGCAUUGAGGCAAUUGAGAGUGCAGGGUAG